AUGCCUUUGGAUUUCGACCCUGCCAAGGAAGCCCUGAAGCGCGCCCUUCAGGCGACGGCGGCCGACGACGACGCGCAGGCACCUCAGGAUGAAGCUGGCGGCGCGAAGUCCAUCCAGGCAGUCGUGGAUGGGCCGUGCAAGAAGCCGCUUAUGGAGUUCAUGGCCAAGAACCUUCAGGGCGAGAAGCCGCUGGCAAUGCAACCCGCGUGCUGUGAUAUCAAGCAGAGGUUGCAGUCAUCCUGGCAAGAGGGCGCGUCGCUGAGUGACUUGAUUGGCACGCCAGAAGUAACCGCGCGCAGCGCGCUGCUCAUCGAUUGGUGGAAGUUCGCCGCGGACGCGGCGAUGUUCAUCUCGGAGCAGGGGUGCAUUCCAGCCGUCGUCGGCGACGUAUUCGGGUGUCGAGAGGAUGUGCUGAAGCUCGCCGACGUGCGCGGCGAGUAUUUGGUCGGGCUCCUGGGGGUCCCGCUUCGCCCCCUGCGCGGCGCCAGGGCGCCCGGCAUCAAGGGCCGCUUCGCGGCGGCCCCCCUCCUCCUCAGCCCGAAUGUCAAGGCCGAAGUCAUCGAGAUGGACGUCGUGGUCGUUUCGGAGAGCCGGGGCAAGGGCUGGGAAUUGGCCGUGCAGUCGCUGGCCAACGUUGCGGCGCUUGGGGCGCUGAAGGCUCUUGAUGCUGCGAUGCAGCAGUGCGGGCCUAUGAAGACAUCUUCGCCCGCGCAAUCUAGCGCGAGCCUGGGUGCCCGGGCGCGGCCCCAGGCGCGCGCCGUGCCCGCUGAGGACGCGGGCGUCUCGGUCUCGGCCAUCGCGUCGUUCGCCGAGAUCUACGAGAUCAAUCUCGACCCCAACUGCGCCAGGGACGCGGCGGGCACAGCGAUCGCGGUCAACGCGGCGGGCCUGCAGCAGAUCUUGGAAUCUUUGGAGUCUUUCAUAUGGCGCAACGUCACCAUCGACUUCGACUCAGUCGGGCCAGACUUGAAGCAGAACGCACACCCGGUGGUGACCAUUGGCUGCCCCGUCAAGGGGAGUUUGGACCUGGUAUCGUUUGGCCCCCAUGACCACGAAGCCGCCUGCGCGCGCCGAGGGCUGCGUG